AGGCACUCACUCGCAAUUUGCCGCAACCUUGGAGUCUUGGAGAUAGGCAUAGCAAUUAGCAAGAGCAAAGAAAGCAGUGAAGUGGGCAAAAAGCUUCAGCAAACCCAAAGAGGAAACGAGAUAUGCUUCUACAUAGCGGAGCUCAAGACUUAUCAUCUUCUACUUUUACCAUUGCCACCACCUCCACCUCCACCUUCUUCUUAAACCCUAACCAAAACCCCACCACUACUCUCCGUCCUUCCAUGCGCACAGCCGUCUCCUCUUCCAUUAGGGCUUUUCGCUCUAUCGCCUUCUCCCCCUCUUUCCGAAACCUCUUCUACGAUUACUCUCCCAAAAUUAUUUCACCCUUCAACGGAAACCGCAACCGCAACCGCCGAUUAUCUGUCUUUCAACCCUCUCCAGCUGCUUCCGCUUCUGCUUCGACUGCAUUGUCGCAGCAGUUACUGAGUGAAGAUGAGAGGGUCGGAGUGGAAGAGAUUUGGGAUUUGGGUACUGAGAGUGAAAGAGAGGUGUUUGAUUUCGAUGCUGUGUCGAUGGACAAUGAUUUGAAGCAUCUGAAGUUGCCUUCUUUGGAAGUGAAGGAGCUGGAAGAGCUUCCGGAGCAGUGGAGGAGAUCGAGGUUGGCGUGGUUGUGUAAGGAAUUGCCGUCGCAUAAGCCAGGGACUUUGAUUCGAAUACUUAAUGGGCAGCGGAAGUGGAUGACUCAGGAAGAUGCUACUUAUGUUGCUGUUCAUUGUAUGAGGAUUCGUGAGAAUGAGGCCAGCUUCAGGGUGUACAAAUGGAUGAUCCAACAGCAUCGGUUUCGAUUUGAUUUUACACUAGCUAGUAGACUAGCAGAUUUUAUGGGAAAAGAGAGAAAAUUUUCUAAGUGUCGGGAGAUAUUUGAUGACAUAAUCAAUCAGGGUAAUGUGCCUAGUGAAUCUACAUUCCAUAUUUUGACUGUUGCAUAUCUCAGUGCACCUGUUCAAGGUUGUCUGGAGGAAGCAUGCGGCAUUUACAACCGCAUGAUUCAGUUUGGAGGCUACCAACCCCGCCUCAGUUUACACAAUUCUCUUUUUAAAGCUCUCAUUAGUAAACCUGGAGGUGAAUCAAAAUGUUAUUUAAAGCAGGCAGAGUUCAUAUUUCAUAACUUGGUAUCAUCUGGACUAGAGAUACACAAGGAGAUUUAUGCUGGCCUGAUAUGGCUUCACAGUUAUCAGGAUACUAUAGAUAGAGAAAGGAUAACAGAACUGAGGAAGGAGAUGCAAGAGGCAGGAAUCAAAGAGGGAAUAGAGGUUCUUCUGUCCCAACUGAGAGCUUGCUCCAAAGAAGGGGACAUGGAGGAAGCAGAAAGAACUUGGCUUAAGCUCCUGAAGUCUGAAUGUAGUCUCCCUUCUCAAGCUUUUGUUUAUCGAAUGGAAGUCUAUUCAAAAGUUGGAGAACCCAUGAAAUCGUUGGAGAUAUUUAGAGGAAUGCAGGAGCAUUUGGGGUCUACCAGUGUUGUGGCAUAUCAUAAGAUCAUAGAGGUGAUGUGUAAAGCGCAUGAAAUGGAAGAUGCAGAAACCCUAAUGGAUGAGUUCCAAAACAGUGGUCUAAAGCCCCUUAUGCCAUCUUUUAUUGCUCUAAUGGGUAUGUAUUUUGAUUUGAGCUUGCACAACAAAUUGGAGUCAACUUUCACCCAGUGCGUUGAGAAUUACAAUCCCAAUCGAACUAUUUACAAUAUAUACUUGGAUUCAUUGGUAAAAAUUGCUAAUAUUGACAAGGCGGAGGAGAUCUUCAACCAAAUGCUCAGUGAUGGGAUGAUUGGUGUGAACACUAGGUCAUGCAAUGCCAUCUUAGGGUUGUAUCUCUCUUCUGGAGAGCAUGUGAAGGCAGAAAAAAUUUAUGACUUCAUGUGCCAGAAGAAAUAUGACAUUGAAUCUCCACUAAUGGAUAAAAUUGAUUAUAUUCUGAGCUUAAAGAGAAAGGUGGUUAAGAAGAAGCCCACAAGUCUAAAACUCAGCAAAGAACAAAGGGAGAUCUUGGUUGGCUUGCUCCUGGGUGGUUUGCAGAUAGAAUCGGAUGAAGAAAGGAGGAAUCAUGCACUCCAUUUUGAUUUCAGUGAAAACUCUGAUGUGCAUUGUGUUCUAAAAAGACAUUUAUUCGAUCUGUACCAUGAGUGGUUACGUUUCUGUGGUAGGUCAAAUGAUGAGAGUGAUGACAUACCAAAUCAAUUCUCCACAAUUCCACAUUCUUAUUUUGGCUUUUAUGCAGAUCAGUUCUGGCUCAAAGGCCGGCCGGUAAUUCCAAAGCUUAUUCAUCGUUGGCUUUCACCCAGUGUUCUAGCAUACUGGUAUAUGUAUGGAGGCCUCAGAUCAUCCUCAGGGGAUAUUGUGCUGAAACUAAAGGGUGGUAGUCAGGAAGGUGUUGAAAGAAUUGUCAAGACAUUAAAAGCAAAAUCAUUGGACUGCAGGGUUAAGAGGAAGGGGAAAGUGUUUUGGAUUGGUUUCCUAGGAAGUAAUUCUGUCUGGUUCUGGAAACUUACAGAACCUUACAUUCUGGAUGGCUUAAAAGAUCUUCUAAAACCAGAUGGUCACUUUUUGGAAGGUGAAAUGGCUGAAGACCAAAGCAUCAGCUUUGAUACAGAGUCUGAUUCAGAUGAAGGAGCUUCUGACUACGACAGUAAGAAUGAUCUUCAGGACAGCCAUUAGUACGUGUAGAUACUAAAUGUACACUAUGUUAAUAUUAUCCUAGUUUCUGAAUCUUGAAACAGCAAUUGCAUAUCUGAGUUCCACAGCAGGCUGACCAAGUAAUAGUGGUAGCUUUUGGGAGACAUCAAAAGUUGCUUCUCCAGGGCAUAGAGGUUAAGUUUCUCUAUGGUUAAAUUAAUGAAUGAUUUUUCGAUGAAUUGAUAAAUUAGUCCAAUUAUAAAAUGUAUUAUAGUGUUAAUUCUUCA